AACAACCAAAACAGACAAUCAGUUUUGAAUCUUGUGGUCACAACUUUGUUGGUCUCUCCCGAAGAAUGACCAACUGAUGUACAAAACCAAUUGUCAUCCCAUAGUAAGCAGCCAUCCAUAGCACCCAAAACAAUGGCUAACUCGGGAGCCAACCAAUGGGAUCACCUCUUCACGUAUGACUCACUGGUUCACGCCAUCUCCGGAUCAGUUGGCGGAAUGACGGCAAUGUCUGUGUUCUUCCCGUUGGACACAAUCCGAUCGCGACUUCAGUUGGAAGAGAACCGCAAAUCAAAGGACACGAUAACUAUGUUGAAGGAGUUGGUCGCCGAAGAGGGACUUGAGUCCUUAUAUCGUGGUUUACGACCCGUUUUGGUCAGUCUAUGCGCUUCCGGUUUCGUCUAUUUCUAUACGUUUCACGGCUUGCGAGCCGUCUUCGGCUCCAAUCCAUCGAAAGGACACUCGGCUCUGAAGGACCUGACGUUGGGUGCGAUCGCCGGUGCGGUGAAUGUGUUGAUGACAACCCCUCUAUGGGUGAUAAACAUGAGGAUCAAAAUGCAAGGCACGCGAGUGUUCGAAGCGGACCGAAAGUUACGUAAAUACCCUCAUUAUGACGGAGUGUUGGACGCCAUCUGCAAGAUCUCGCAGACCGAAGGCCUGUUGACCCUCUGGAGCAGUGUUCUGCCAUCGCUGGUAUUGGUGUCCAAUCCGGCCCUUCAGUUCAUGAUCUACGAGCUGUUGAAACGCGAAGCGCAACAACUGCUCAAAACCAAUGAACUGAACGGAAUGAUUGUCUUCAUGUUGGGCGCCAUUUCCAAGAGUAUCAGUACUGUUGUCACGUAUCCCUUACAAGUGGUUCAAUCCAAACAACGAUAUGGCACCGAAGAGGCGAAAAAGAUGUCAAUGAUUGAGAUCUUGCGAUGGAUUGUCCGCAAGAAUGGCGUCCAAGGCUUAUACAAAGGGCUGGAAUCGAAACUACUGCAGACCGUACUGACCACUGCGCUCAUGUACUUGUGCUACGAGAAGAUCUCGGCCACAGUCUUUCAGAUCAUGAGGGGAUCCCAACGUAUAAAAAGUCAAUAGAGUUUUUACGCCAAUUAUUAUAACCCAAUAUUUCUUUCACUUAUUUUUAGA